AUGGCUUAUAUGGACGACUCCCUGUGGGUAGCUCAAAGUAAAAAGGAAUUAGAGGACAUUACAACCGUGGCAAACUCAUUCUAUAAGUUUACAGGAAUACAGGUCAAUACAACGAAAUCCCUGUUAGUCACAAAUUCCUCUACGACUGACAAAUUCAUAAACUUCAACGGACAACAAAUAACAGCAAUAGCACCUACCCAACCAUUUAAAUACCUAGGAGCAUGGUUUUCCAUAGACCCGGCCGCUCAAAGGCUAUACAGUGCCUACUUCACACCAAAACAGUUGGAGCUACUGAUACGCGAAUACAUGAGUUUGGGGUCAACACAAUCAAAUCAAUCAAUCCUCUAUUCACCACCUCUUUUCCCUCGUAAACAAUUAAAGACCUAUACUGCCCAGAUGGUCCUAGCAUUACACUCAUUAGAUAUACAAAUUUUUCGCAAUGAACAUAAUGAAUGGCCGAUCCCUAGAAAAAAUAAUGGUGGUACCCUGAUCAAUGAUAUCUUAUUACCACAUCCUAAAGCGCAUACCUUGAAAGAAAAAUUGAAUCAACAUGAAAUAAUUUACAUCGAACAAUUUCUAAACCAUAAUAAUACAAGAUUCCUAGAAUGGCGAGGGUUCCAUCACAACAUCGGGAAGAUACCAAUGGGGCGUAUUCCCACUUGGUUCAAAGAAAUUCAAGAUCUAAUUCAAUCAACUGUGAAUCCUUCAACAGAAUUUACUUGUCCCAACCCAUGUACUUUGAGAAAAUGGGAACGUACAGCUGGGCCUUGGGUAAUCACAAACACAGCUGUGAUGGGAAAAGCUAGUGAAUUCACAGAAAAGGUUCUGAAAAUUAAACAUUAUACAGAGGAGAAUAAUAAACCGCUAGAAUGUCCAGGAUACAGCUCAAAAGAUCAAACAAUCAAACAAAAAAGUUGUUAUUUUAAACACUUCAAAGAUAGAGCAUUUACAAUAAAAGUCAACUCAAAGAAAAUAGUGCUGA